CAAUAAUUGCAUUAAACAAUAGUAAAGUUGAACGUUUGGAAUUGAUUUCAACUGCACUAGCUAGCUAUGAUCAUGGUCAAUCAAAUCCAAAAAACGUUCUUUUGAGCGAAAUGUGCCGUAAACUAAGCAAAGAAUUACGUGAACCUUAUCUAAGAGUAAUCUUUUCGUAUAUUGCGUCUGGUAAUUGGCUUUAUGUGCUACAACAGCAAGAAGAGCUUGCAUUGCUUGAUAGAGUUGGUAUUGCAUUGCGAUUCUUGGAUGACGAUGAACUUUCGACAUAUUUAUCUAAUGCCACCAACAAAGCUAAAGUUGCCGGCGAUAUCGAAGGAAUAAUUUUAACUGGCUUGACGUCAGACGGCGUGACAUUAUUCGAGAAAUAUGUAGAUAACACUGGCGAUGUUCAAACAGCAAGCUUAGCGAUGAGUUUUUGCGUUCCACGGAAAUUUAAAGAUGAUAGAGUUUUAGAUUGGAUAGAAAAGUAA